AUUUAUUAAAUCUGACAUCCCCGCCGGGUGUGUGAGCGACGCAUGAAUAUAGUGUAUCUGUUAUUUUACUUAUUUUUAAGUGUAAACAAUGAGUUUUUUUUAUAAAUUUAAUUAUAUUUCCUGAAAAAUAAAUAAUUACAUUGCCAAUGUUGUAAUUUAGGUGUUUUAUAUGCUUUAUACAUUGAUGUGAGGUUUCCGUGCUUUGUCUUCGUGUGUGACAAUAUACUCAAAAUGGCGCAUCAACAGCUAGCACCGUCUGUAAAUUGUUCAUUAGACGACAUUGACCUCAGCGCGUUAAAGGACCCUGCUGGAAUAUUUGAGCUAAUAGAAGUGGUCGGAAAUGGCACCUACGGACAAGUGUAUAAGGGUCGUCACACAAAAACAGGACAACUUGCAGCCAUCAAAGUUAUGGAUGUCACGCAGGAUGAGGAGGAAGAGAUAAAACUUGAAAUCAAUGUGCUGAAAAAGUACUCAAACCACCGAAACAUUGCUACUUACUAUGGUGCAUUCAUCAAGAAAAGCCCACCAGGCAAAGAUGACCAACUGUGGCUGGUCAUGGAAUAUUGUGGUGCUGGUUCUGUGACUGAUUUAGUUAAAUCUACAAAGGGACAGUCAUUGAAAGAAGAAUGGAUAUCUUACAUUUGCAGAGAAAUCCUUAGAGGACUUAGUUAUUUGCAUUCUAACAAAGUCAUCCACCGAGAUAUCAAGGGGCAGAAUGUUCUGCUUACAGACAAUGCAGAAGUGAAGCUAGUGGACUUUGGUGUGUCGGCGCAACUGGACAGGACCAUCGGCAGAAGGAACACAUUCAUUGGUACUCCAUACUGGAUGGCGCCUGAAGUUAUUGCGUGCGACGAAAAUCCUGACGCCACAUACGAUAACCGCUCAGACUUAUGGUCCCUUGGUAUCACUGCACUUGAGAUGGCUGAGAGUCAACCACCUCUGUGCGAUCUUCAUCCUAUGAGAGCUCUGUUUCUUAUUCCAAGAAACCCACCUCCCCGUCUGAAGUCUAAGAAGUGGGCUAAGAAGUUCCAUAGCUUUAUUGAAACUGUACUAGUAAAAGACUAUCAUCAACGGCCUUACACUGAGCAGCUUCUGAAACACCCCUUCAUAAGAGAUCAGCCUACAGAGAGGCAAGUGAGAAUACAACUAAAAGAUCAUAUAGAUAGAUGCAAGAAAAGAAAACAAGACAACUCUGUGCGAGAGGAUUACAAAUACUCUGGGUCGGAGGGCGAGGAGGAGGAAAACGCUGUGGCCGGCGAGCCGUCGUCCAUCGUACACAACGCCGCCGCGCAUCAGACCAGCGACACGUUGCGCCGCAACUUCCAGCAAAUACAAGAAGGAGCCAGAUCUGCCGAGGUUGCUCAACCCCAACCGCCGCCUAAACGCAACAGUAAACGCGAGGAACGAGAAGAGAUUCCAGAACCAGGUCCCCCAGCGAGACCUUCUAUUCCACAAAGACUGAUCGUUGUGCCAGAUCCACAGGCUCAACAGCCUAAUAGAUAUAGGCCUUUACCCCCGACGCCUAAGUCCUCGGGGUCAUCCAACAGCUCAGGGUCCAACAACGGCACGCCGCCGGCCAGCGGUCCGCAGCCGCCUCAGCGUGGCUCUCAUCACAUGUUCAAACCAAUGUUUCCACCGCGAAGGCCUGAGGAUUUGGAUAAAUUAGCCGCUCAACUGAACGAACUGGGGGUAGUAUCCGGGAAUGAACCACCGACACGACCGCCGCGAGCGCCCACCAAUGGACAAGGGCCGACAGUGGAAAAGAACCCUCCCGAGCCGACGUUCGACGACUCGGACAGCGACUCUGACGCGGAGGAGAGCGGCGGACGCGUCCGCAACGACGGCACUCUACUAGCAAGCGAUCCGCCUAAACCGCUGCCGGGUCUGAGCGCAGUGUCGGAGGACGGCGGCGGGGGCUCGGGAGACGGAGCCCCCACCCGACCGCUGCCCCCCACUCCCGACGACGACGACACGCACGGAGAUCGCACGCUUGUCAUGAAGAGGAGAGAGAGUGAGGAAAACAUUAAAAGGCAAUCCGACAUUGAUGAAGCGGUCUUACUGAAGGACUGGGAUUUUGCUAAAUUUUUCCCCCCAAAGAAUUCCCAACCAAAAGAAGACAAACAAGAAGCAUCUAAAACCACGGAGCAGAAGAGAUUACCGCUGCAGCGUCAGUCGCGGCUAGAGAUGGAAGAUGCGUGGGCCAAAUAUAAGGCAAUAGCCACUCCGCCAUCCCGACACAAACAAAUAUUCCAAAAACCCAACGAGAAACACACACAGGAUAAACUUUCGGAUAUGUUGAAAUCCAAAAAAGAACAAGAAUCGGAAAUAAGUUCACCUAAUCGAUUCUUUAGAGGGUUUCGAAGAGAAAAUUCCGAUCUCUUCCCUCUGCCGAGUACACGCCAUUCUGCAAUUUAUUUUCCAAAGCAUGACAACCAAGCAGGACAUAAUAAACAGUUGAGGUCUAGCGGUAUUUUUAACAAUUCUCGAAAACAAAUGAUAAAAUCGCCAGCUUCGGGAGAGCCCAUACUUACUGACUUUAUAAAGAUGAAUGACAGUCUAAAGAUGUCCGCUCAGGGCGAAGUAAAAAAAAGUAGCAAACGAGAUGAGGAGAAGAAAGCGGCGGCGAGCAGUCCUAUCGAGGCGCUGAAGAACGUGGCGGCGCUGAUCCGCCAGAACAGCGACAGCAGCGCGCCCAGCCGCCACGCCAGUCUCAACAGCGACUCGCCCGCCUCCAGCAUCUGCUUCACUCACGACGACGCGCACUGCCCCGCGCACAGCCCCGCGCACAACCCCGCGCCAGACCUCGGCGACCUCGUCAAACCGCGCAGAGAAAAGACUGAAUCGGACAUAGUAUUUCGAAGGAAUUCACAGUAUAAUCGACACACAGAGUUUAUAACGAGUGGGCAGGAAGCGGUACUCGCACAGGACCAGGCCCGGCCGAGCGGCGCCCCCGAGGGCGGCGGCGCGCGCACCAGCUCCGUGCUGCCCGACCUGCUCAGCCAGGCCGGCCAGCCCACCACGCCGCCGCGGCACGACAAGUCCACCAGCGAGGAGUAUAGACAAGCCAUCGCGGGCGGCACGCCUCUGUCCCAUCACCACCACCACCCGCCCUCCUCGGCCCAGUCCACCCCGUCGCGGUCGUUCGUGUCGGGCGCGACGUCGCCCGCUCACGUUGCGACACACGGUCCGACACACGGUCCGACACACGGGCCGGCUCACGGCCCGCUGGCCGCGGCCCCGCUGCAACACUCGCCGUCCAACUCGUCGGUGGGGUCGCAGCAACAGUUCCUCCCCUUGCAACAGAAGCAGCGCUCGUUCCUGACGUUCGGGUUCGGCGCGGGCUCCACGGGCAGCGGCGGCACCACCGGCUCCGGCGGGAACGUGUCGCGGCGCGAGAGCCACGUCAACGUCAACGUCACGCCCACCGGACACGAGCUCUCCUCCGACACGCCCGAGAUACGUAAAUACAAAAAGAGAUUCAAUUCUGAAAUACUCUGUGCCGCGUUGUGGGGUGUCAAUUUACUCAUUGGGACAGAAAAUGGAUUAAUGUUGCUCGAUCGCUCAGGACAGGGUAAAGUAUAUCAAUUAAUCUCGCGACGCCGCUUCCAACAGAUGGAAGUGUUAGAAGGACAAAAUAUUCUUGUGACUGUUUCUGGAAAGAAAAAUCGCGUACGCGUGUACUAUCUCAGCUGGCUCAAGUCCAAGAUUUUGCGCACCGAUGGACUUAGUGAUCAAGCAGAAAGGAGGAAUGGUUGGAUAAACGUAGGUGAACUGCAAGGUGCAGUACAUUUUCGCAUUGUUAAGUAUGAAAGGAUCAAAUUCCUCGUGAUUGCGCUCAAGGACUCGAUUGAAAUCUAUGCGUGGGCGCCCAAACCAUAUCACAAGUUUAUGGCAUUUAAAAACUUUGGAGAGUUACAACAUAGGCCUUUGUUGGUAGACUUAACUAUUGAAGAAGGCACAAGACUGAAAGUAAUUUACGGAUCAGCUGAUGGUUUUCAUGCUGUUGAUCUUGACACUGCCACUGUCUAUGACAUCUAUAUUCCAAAACAUACUCAAGGAGCCAUUGUUCCGCAUUGCAUUGUACCUCUUCCAAAUUCCAAUGGUGUUCAAUUAUUACUGUGUUACGACAAUGAGGGUGUGUAUGUGAAUACAUACGGACGCGUGAGCAAGAAUAUAGUACUCCAGUGGGGUGAAAUGCCGACAUCCGUGGCGUACAUCGGUACCGGACAAAUCAUGGGAUGGGGCAAUAAAGCUAUUGAAAUACGUUCUGUGGAGAGUGGCCAUCUUGACGGCGUGUUUAUGCACAAGAAAGCACAACGACUCAAGUUUUUAUGCGAACGUAAUGACAAAGUAUUCUUUUCAUCUGCAAAGGGGGGUUCGUCUUGUCAAAUAUAUUUCAUGACACUCAACAAACCCGGUAUGGCGAACUGGUAGUGGACAAGUUAGACAGGCGUCUAGCGCGCCAUUGAUCUGUGAUGUUACUUGCGCGGCGUCUUUUUUAUUAUGAACAUGCUCGCAUUGUACAAGAUAAUGCCAGUAGUUUAGUCAAUAUUACAAAAACACGUGCUUUGGCCACUCGGAAUUCAAAGACUUGUGAUAGUGACAGAUUAUAAUAUUAUGUGCUCAAAAGACAAUCCACAGAAUAUGACUACUUUCAAGUAUUCGAGGACCCUUAUCUGAUAGAUAAUUGUGGCAUUUUGUACUGUUGAUAGUAAUUUCAUAACAAGCUACUAAGAAACAUAUAUUAUUAAGCAAUAACCUUUAGGAUAAAUGUUUUGAUAUUGAUGAAUAUUAUAAGUAAAUUAAUAUGCUUAGGACUUAUUAUUAUGUUGCAAUUGUUUAUUUCUAAAAGAAAUGUAUUUCAAAUCAAACUAUUAAUUAUUCAUAUAUGCCAUAUUGUUUGUAAUGAUAAGCUAGUUGAAGGGUGACAAUGAUUAAUUGGUUACAUAAUUAUGUUUAUGAUAUUAAAAAAAUGCCAGUUCUGACUGAAUAUAAAUAAUUAUUGAGGAACAGUUAAGCGACACAAUUAGACCUAAUAUAUAACUGUUGCUCUUGCAUAUACAUUGUAAGUUAGGUGAUUCACAACUCUCUUAACAAAUUGGCAUUUAGUCAAGUCACUUUGUAUCAUAACAAUCACGCGCCAAACUACAAUUUUAUGGAUAAAUCCUAAAUUUGGUAAUAUUUAUUAUUUAUUUGUUAUGUACUAUAUUAUUUACAUGUAUAAAGGUGUAACUAAGCAUAUUGAAAAUUAUAUAUUUGAUUUUAAUUUGAGGACACCUUAGACGAAUAAAAUAUAAAAUCACAUAAAA